GACCUGAUGGUUUGGCCAGCAGGACCUGGACAAGGUGAAGGACCUGUACGUGAGGACAAGUGAGGAGAGGACAGAACUGGAGGAUGUCCUCACCAGGCAGUUUGAAGAACAGAAGGAGAAUGAAAUGAAGAUUUUGCGGGAUGAACUGGAGAGGGAGAAACAAGAGGAGAUGGAGAGACAGAUUGAACAGCUGGACAUCAAACGUGGGGAGCUCCGCACUCAAGUCAUGGAUGAGGUCAAGGUCACCCAAGAGGAAGAGAUCAAACAGAGGCUUGAGGCUGAGCUUGCAAAGGCUCGUGUUGAUUGGCUGGGAGGGCAGGACACUGAGCAUGUGCGACAGGAAGUAAGGCAGGCAGUGGAAAAGGAGAUGGCUCUCAAACAUGAGGCAGCAAUGGAGGACAUGCUUCAGGAGAAGAUUGAGCAAGCAAAAGUUACCUGGAUGGCGGAAAGGAAAAUUCUGUUUGAGUCCGAAAUACAGCAGCGUAUGCAGACUGAGAAGGUCACAUGGCAGCAGUUAGCCAAUCAGAGGCUAGAAGAGGCAGUUAACACAGCCAUUGACCAGGCCAAGGCUCAGUGGCUGAAGACGGAAGAUACAAGUAACAGAUAUGAGGAUCUGCUGGAAUCUGCCAAAGCCAAAUGGAAGACUGAGUCUGAUCAGAAGCUUGAGGAAACAGUGACUGCAGCUGUGGAGAAGGCCAAACAAGACUGGGAGAAGACUUCUGCUGAACAGCACAAGGAUACAGUUGAAAGCCGAGUGAAAGAAAGACUUAAAACGGAGAAAACGUUGUGGCAGGUGGAAGCAGACGCACUCCAUGAGGUGGACAUCAAACAUGCUGUGGAGAGCGCUCAUCAGAAGUGGAUGAGUGAACGAACUGGAAGGGAAUCGAUGGAUCCAGCUUUUCAGAAUCGUCUUCAGGCUGAAAAACAGAAAUGGCAGCUGGAGACAGACAGGAAGUUGCAACUGGAGGUCAAUCGGGUCAUGGAGCGUGCUCAGAAACAGGGUUUGUCUGAAGUAGAGAAGAAGAAUUUAGUGGAGGAAGAAGUAUCCAAGAGACUGGAGGUUGAAAGAGAACGUUGGAGAAAGGAGAUGGAGGCGAGGGUGUUAGCGGAGGUGGAGAUGACCGUGAAGGCGACAGAGACAGAGUGGCAUCGUCAGGAGGAGGAAGAGAGGAAGAAGAUGAGGGAGGUUUUGGAGGACGAGAUAGGAGGAAGACUCCGACAGGAGAUGAGCAGAGCUGUAGAAGAUGCCAGACUGGAGUGGGAAAAUAAACACCUGUCCCAGCAUGCAACACUUGCAGCCGGCCGAUCAGCUGCUGAGGUCACAAGGUCAAUCUUGGAGCAGGAGGUGGAGACCCUGAAGCUGGAGAAGACCCGUCUGGUGAAUGAGUUGAAGGAGAAGGAGUCCGUCUGGCUCCAGGACAGACAGACGCUCAUCUGCCAGAAGGAUGCUGAGAGACGCCAGGCCGCGAAAGAGGUGGCGGAACAGUGUGAGAGGGACUACAAAGCCUUCAUAGAGGAACACCAGAACACACUCACUGAGGCGCUUCGGAAUAGUCGGCAACAGCAAGACCUCAUGGAGCAGGAGAAGAGGGAGUUGCAGGAGCGAAUUGAAGAGCUGACAGACGGGAAGUCUCGGGAGCUGCAGAUGGGUCAGGGCGACCUGUCCACCAGCAUCACAGCAGAUGGGGACCUGGAGACUUCUAUUUUGGAACAAGAAAGAGAAGUAUGGCAGAAGCAGACGGACAAAUUAAAAAAGUCCAUUAAGUGUCGAGACUCACUUCUCAAGCAGGCAGACGCACAUAUGUCUCAGGAAGUCGAGAAGUUGCGAGAGGAGCUCGAAGCUGCCUACCAGCAACAGCUCGAGAUGGAGGUACACAAACUACAGGAUCGUUACCAGUCCGAAUUUAAUGAUUCUCUGCCAACAGGUGAACGCGAGAUUGGAAAGAUUCAAGUUCAGAUUCAGAAAAUGGCUGAAAAUUUUGAAAAAGAAAGAGCUUCAUAUAUUCGUAAAAUUGAACACUUAGAAGAUCAGCUGGCAGAGAAAUCUCAGCAGCUUAUUGACUUGGAACAGGAACAAGAACAGGAGAUGAAGGAGGAAUAUAAGAAAGAACUUAACCGUCUCCUUCAAGAAAAAAAUACUCUGAUUGAGAAACUUGCAUCAAAACAGUCAGAAUUGGAUGAACGAUUGAAAGAAAAUGAUAAAUUACUCACCUCUGUGAAAAAAAUGGAGUCGGCUUAUAAAAACGACAUGAAAUCGCAGAAAGACAAGUUUGACAAUAUUAAUAUGCGUCUGCAAAAAUCAGAGAAAUCAUUGCAGGAAGUGAUCAAAAAGAAUUCUCUAGAAAAAGAGGAGUUAAAAAAUGCUCUGAGUGAAAGUGAGGCUGCGAUGGGGAAUUUGACACAGAAGAUGAUGGAACGUCAGAAGACGAACACGAUGACAGUGGAGGCAAUGAAAAAACAACACAAGCUGGAGAAGAAGGAGUUGUUGAGGCAGUUAAAGAAACGGAGUGACCACACGAUGACCAGCACUCCAGUACAGACAGAAGAAUCUGGAUAUAUGAUGUUGGACCUGAGAUCCCAGUACUUGGACACAGUAGACAAAAUUAGAGAGGAUGUUAUGCAGCAUAUUACCCAGACAAACCUCCGAGCUGCCGACACUGUCCGUACCGGUAUCACUCGGGAAAAGCAGGUCACCGUGACCCAGCUGAAGCGAUUCUACCGAGUCAGCAUCCGCAAAAUUCUACAGAACGAACUCAUUGGGGCAGACCUGGAAGGGAAACUGGCAGCCAUUGACCAGGCCCUUGAGGCUAUGUCAAUCAGUCUCAGCAGUUCAAGGUCAAACACCCCUGACCAAGAGGUCAAGGCCACCGACCUGUCGCAGGCCAAGAGUUCAAAUUCUUCAAUAUCUCUCGAUGUGUCAAGUACCAGCAACCUGACCCCUCGCAGUGAAAGCAGCGUUACAAGCUCAGGGUCCUCGUGUCAGAAUUUCCAAGUGACCUUGACCCAAGCUAAUCACUCAUCAGGGAAUCCUGGGAGAGGAAAUGAUGUAAAACAGAAUUCUAAAAUGGUGCCAAAGAAUGGAAAGGAUGUGUUCCCACGUCCAUCUCAAAAUCUGUCUCUCUUUGAUCACAAUGGCUCACGUAUCCUGUUAACGCCUUCACCAGUUCAAUCGGAACCUGAAACAAGAGAGUUGUCUUCUGCUUCAUAUGGAAAAGAUGAUGCAAGGUCAUUCAGACCUGUGGAUCCUCCUGAGAGACGCACCUCGACGAGGCCCAAGUCUGGGCACGGUACCUUUCAGACUGGAAAAACAUCAGAAGCUAAACCCAGAGAACUGAACAGUUAUGGUAAAUUAUACGACAAUGAUGGAUUCAGGAAACCAAGAGAACCUGUUCCAAAGAGAAACAUAAAUGAGCAUCGAGGUCAUAGUAUUGGCACUAGUUCUCACCAUGGUACAAGCGCAGGUGUUACUUCCCAUCAAACUCACAGCAAAGACACUGGAUCUCAUCAAGCCCGUAGCUCAGAAGCUAGUUCUUAUCGAGCUCAUGAGAGAAACGCAGGUUCUCAUCGAGCUCAUAGCAUAGACGCUGGUUCUAAUCGAGCCCAUGGCAGAGACACUGGUUCUUAUCAAGAGCCUCAGCUGGUCAGAGAUUCCUCUUUGCCUCCAUCAGUGUCGAAGAGACAUCCACAAAUGUCCCUACUUCGACGCAGCAUGGAGGACGAAUUUUCCACGCCGAAACCCUUGCAACAAUUUUCAUACAAAGGUAUGAGCAAAGCUCAGUCUGAGAUAGCCUUGAACAUGUUAGCUGACUUUGACGACAACCAGGAAGGAAGGCAGCAGGUGAUGGAAAGUGCCGGAAAAUCUCCUGUUCAGAUCAAGUAUAAAUAUACCCCUCUCCGACAAAGUCUGCAAGCAGGAUCGCCAUCCACAAGUUUAAUCUCCAACCACAGUUUAUCUGAAGGAGAUUUGAGAAUAGCAGAAACCGAUGAACCAGUGCUUAACUUUCAGUCUAUGGGAUUAGGGAAACCUUCUCCUCGUAAAUUCAACCCCGUGCCUGAAAGAUUAGAAAGUGAGAGUGGAUAUCACACUCCAAAAAAGUCACCCAAGAAUUUGUUUGGGAGCAAAAUAGCUCGUUCUCUUGAGAAUUUGUCAGUACUGGGUUUGACUCUUGAAGAGCAGUCACUUGAAGAAGAAUUUGCUCCCUUAGCUUCACUGAAAUCGGACAAGGACUCGAGUAGCUUCCGCGCAUGCGAGCGUGUGGGAGAGUUUCCGGCACAGUUGGACAAGGGGAGACAAGUCAGAGACACAAUGUCUGGGGAAGGGAGACAACUGAGGGAGAGACAGUCAGACAUGGUUUCAACGUCCAACCAAACUAAGGGCAUGACUGAGGGUGGUGAUCAUGUGAACAAUAACCAAUCAGCAUUAAGAAGUACAUCUCGAACAAAUGGGGCCCACAGUUACCGAGAUUUUCACAAGGGGAGACAACUCCAAUCGUCACGAGACCACGAUUCUGGCAGAGAGAGUUUUCAGACUCCACCAGUUAAUGUUUCAGUGCGUGUUUCAAAGACUCGCUUGUUUGAAAAAUAAUUUGUGUCCUUCAUUUUCAGAUCUUGGUCAGUGCUCAGAAAGAUGCAUGUUGAUGGUUUGUAAAAACAGCAUGUAUAUUUUAACUCUUGUCACCCUACUUCUUUAGGUUCCAUAAAUUCUGGUCAUUAUUUUCCAACUUUAUUGCCCAAAACAAGAGAUUUUGUAAAGUCUCCAAUACACGGACAACAAGAGUGGAUUCUGUUUGGAUAGUAACACAAACAUCAUUCCACUUCUGAACCGAAAUUUGCGAUUGCCUUUCUCUGGGUAGACUUAUUGAGAUAUCAAAGUGCUUUGCAAAACAAUGUGAAAAUAUUCAUGCUUGUUAAAAGAAAUCAUGUUUCACCCUACCAGAGAAAAAGUGUUCACCAUAUAUGGAUUUGUAUAUUUAGCAUUAGAAUCAAGUCCCUUGAUCACAAUCUGUGUCAUUUUAGCCUUGUGUCAUACACUGCCGUAGACACUUGGUCUUGCUCAGUCUGUUUUGGGGGAUAAAAGUAUCAGGAUCAUUACUCAUCUUGGACUAACAGACAACUGGUCAUCUCUGUCCCUGAUGUACAUGUAUAUAAGAAUGGGAGCAGAAAAAUUUGAACAUAUGUUGAUAUUUAUUUUUGCCUUAUUACCUCCGUCAAAUUGUGUCUUUACUCCUCAGGCCACAAUGUGUGGAGCUCAGUGUUAAGCCAUGAGUAUUACAGGGUUUUAACUUGCCCUACCAAGGCUAGGGGCCUAUAGAACCCACACUCAUUCCAAAAGUGCUUAUAGGAAAUCCUGUAAAGUGAUGAAGCAGUGAGGUGUACUUUAAGAUCUAAAAAAUAUGUUUAUAAUCUAAUCCAAUGGUAAUUUUCCUUGUCGAGAAUGUGGUACAUUGUAUAUAACUGUACAUCCUUCACAAUGCAGUAUGAAUUUUUUCUGUGAAUUUUUUUUCACAUUUCGUCUUCGGGUAAAAACCCUGCUAGAGCUAAAAUGGUAUUAAAGCUAUACUUUCAUCACUUGUGAAGAAAACCUGUAUAGUGGAAUCUGUCCAUUACAAACUGGCCUGGGACCGACUCACUUGUCCAGGUUAAAAAGCAGUCCGGAUUAGUCCAAAUUUGUCUGUUACCAUAGACAUGCCAUGAUGUUUCACUGGUCGGUCUGACACAACUAUGAAGUGAAUGUGUCAUUUAUAGGGCUUCAAGCUGACACUGAUUUAAUCCUGUCACAUUAAAUAAUGUGUGUUGAUAGAAUAAAUUAACUACUGAGAACAGAAGUAACGGAGAUGUUUAUUCAAUGGACUGUUAUUUUCGUCUGUAAUCUGUAAUGGAGAGAGUCCGGAUUAUAAAUAAGCUUUAAUGAUAAAUUAAGAACAAUUUUGCCGUGACUCAGACAGUAGUUAUUGAGAAGGAUUAUGGAGAAAAUUGGUUUACAAAGAGUCCGGAUUUAACAGAUUCCACUGUAUUUUACAGGAAGAAUAUUACAGGCAGAGUAAAUUAUCUGUAUAUUUAGUACAAUAAUGUAAAUACUGUUGUAGCUGUAUGUGAUAUUCAUACGCAUUUAAUGACACCGUUUUGAGGAGGAGAAAUAUAUCAACCUUCUCAGUGAACAUUUUCAACACUCAAGAAUUAUGUUGAAACUGAAAAUUCAUAUUUUUAUCAAGAGUUACAAAUAUUAUGCUCAGGUUGUACAUAAUGAUUAAAAGUGUCCCUUGGCUCGUAUUGUAUAUAUUUUAUAUUGAACAAAUUUUAUUAUGAGCUAGUUAGUCAUAACUUAUGAAUGUAUAGACCAUCAGAUUCCGUCCAGUAAACAUUAUAUAUCUGAUUAUAUUCAGAUCUUAAAUCAGUAGGAUAUAUCUCUGCUUAAAGAACUGACAAACCCUGAAAUUUUGAAAUUGAAAGGUCAGGUCUGAAUGGAAAUUAAUAAGGACUCUGCUUUAUAUACUCAUGGAAACAAAUAAGGGAACACAUGAAAAC